AUGACGGAUCUUGUCCAUAUCGGGAGUCGGGAUUGGCCUGAGGAGCAGAAUGAGCAGAGCUCGCACGGGUUACCGGUGCCUAUCGAGAUCCAAUGCGAAGACAAAGCCACCAUUCCGGAGGUCCCGUCUCCCAAGGCUUCAUACACCAACCAGCUUGACGAAAAGCAUAUUUCACGACAGGGAGAAGCUGGCACAGACCCUGCAACGAAGGUACCAGUUGACACUCCCCAAGGACAAGAAAAUGGACCGGAUCACGUCGAUAUUGACGUUGCCCCAAUACCGCCUCCAGACGUCGGCCUCCAACCGUGGCUGCAAGUCAUCGCCGGGCACUUUCUCAUGUUCAACAGCUGGGGCCUGGUGGUCUCGUACGGCUCCUUCCAGACAUACUAUACCACCGAGAUAGACCACAGCGGCAAUUACCCUCUGCAAAGUGCGUCCAAGAACGCCUCGGCCAUCGCCUGGAUCGGUUCCAUCCAGAAUACCCUCUUGUUGGUGGGUGGUGCGCUCGGGGGCAAGUACUUUGACGCCGGGUACUUUCGCCAGAUGCUCGGCCUGGGCACAUUUCUCGUCGUCUUCGGGACCCUGAUGACCAGCCUGGUCAAGGAGUACUAUCAGGCGGUGCUGGCGCAGGGCGUCUGUGUCGGCUUGGGCAUGGGGAUGUUGUUGGUCCCGAGCGUGGCGUUGCCGAGUACCUGGUUCCACAAACGCAGAGGACUGGCUGUCGGGAUCGUGAGUUCUGGUGCCUCGUUGGGUGGGAUCGUCAUCCCCAUUGGACUGCGGCACAGUAUCUCGUCCGUGGGAUUCGGGUGGGCGGUGCGCAUCCUCGCCCUCAUGUCGCUGGUCACCCUGCUGGUGAGCAACCUGUUGAUACGGCAGCGGUUGCCUCCCCGACCGGCAAAGGGGGCGCGAUUCAUCGAGUAUCAAGCUUUGAGGGAACAGCGCGAGUUCGCUCUCUGGACCACCGGCCAGUUCGUCACGUACUUUGGGUUUUUCGGCUUCUACAACUACGUCGAAGCCUGGGCUGAGUCGAUCGGGCUGAACCGCAACCCUGCAGGCGGUGGAUUCCCACUUGAGUACUUGCUGCCGGUGCUGAACGCCGCGAGCAUAUUGGGUCGUCUGAUCCCGUGCUUUAUCGCAGAUUACACGGGGCCGUUGAACAUCCAGGGUCCCUCGCUCUUUGUGACCGCCCUGCUCGUCUUCGUCUGGAUCCCAUGCCGCACACUCGGCGGCCUCCUCGCCAUCACCGUUCUGUACGGGUUCUUCUCCGGCGCCGUCAUCGCCACGCCUCCGGCCGUGGUGGCCAGCAUGACGGAAGACCUGCGCCGGUUUGGCGGGAGAAUGGGCGUCAUGUUUUUGACCAUGGCGUGUUCGUCGCUCGUCGGACCGCCCGUCAUGGGUGCCAUCAUCGAGAUGCACGGCGGGUCGUACGAUGCCGCCAAGGUGUACGCGGGCGCUAUGAUCAUGGGCGGCACAGUGUUUGUGUGGCUGUCGAGGUUGUCCAAGACUGGGUUUAGAGUCGUCGUCAAGGCUUGA